UGUCGGCACUCCCACCCAGAUUCAUGAGUAUUUACAUCCAGGUCCAGCGCCUUUGUUCAGGUGUUUGACUUACAGAUGUUGUUUUGGUCGCACUUUUCUGAAGUUAAAGGAAAGCGUGAAGCCAAAUUUUUCAGCGAUUUUUAAAAAAAAAAUCCUUGACAUUUCGCUAAUGCUAACGCGGAUUCAUCUGUCUCUUCUCCGUCUGUGGACAGGGAGGGUUAUUCACUCGUGUUUCUUGAAGCCUCUGCCUCUGUGAUGGAUCUCCAGACCCUUCUCAAAACCGCACUGAGGAACAAAUAUCAGAAACUGAAUGCAGCGUAUUCUGAAGACUCACUACUCCCUUCAAGACUUUGCUAUCGGCAGCUUAAGCAUGACUACUCAUUACCUAAUUUGCACCAGCAUGAGUUUAGAUAUGUUGACAAAUCUGACCUUCACACUUGGGUCCUUUUUACAACCGUCCCUCUCACAGAUAUUUUAUCUUGUGACUGCAAACAUAGCAGCAGCAGAAGAACAGUCAUCACGUUAGGAGCGAGUGGGGUUGGAAAAACCACAGCGGUGCAGAGCUGUGCUCUCGAGUGGGCCGAGGGGAAAGCGUACAAUGAUAUCCAGCUCCUGUUUCCUCUCACAUUCUGGGAGUUAAAUUUGCUAAAACACAAACUGAACAUAAUUGAACUUCUCCAGGCAUUUUACCCUGAACUGAAGGAUCUUGAUGCUUCCAGUCUAAAUGAAAACAGCGUGUGGUUUGUCCUCGAUGGCCUGGAUGAGAAUCACCUCCCUCUCAGAUUCAACUGCGCAACGGUGAAUAAUGUUUUUGAGGUAUCCACAGUGGAUGUUCUUGUGACCAGCUUGAUCAAGGGGACUUUACUUCCCAAUUCUCAUGUGUGGAUAACAACCCGGUAUUCAGCAGCAACACAAAUCCCUGAUGCCUAUUUGCUUAAAGAGACUGAGGUGCAAGGGUUCAGUGAUGAACAGAAGGAGCAGCACUUCCAGACGGUUAUUGGCGAUGAUGAUCUGGCGAAUAGAGCCAUUGACCAUGUGAGAAUAUCACGAAGUCUGGACUUCCUCUGUCAGAUACCUCCAAUCUGUACCAUCAUGGCCAGUGUUUUGAAGAGUCACGUAAAAGCCGAUGAAGGAUUUAAAAUCAGUCCUUUGAAUCUUACCCAGAUAUACACAAAUCUGGUCAAAGCAUCAAACUCAGAUAUUAUUGGCAAGCUGAAAAAGCUGGCUGUGCUUCGGAUGGGAGAAGGUAACGUAAUGUAUGAGGACGACCUUUUAAAGUGCGACAUAAGUGCUGAGGAGGCGUCAGCUUUCUCUGAAGAAUGUCCCCUGGUGUUGAGAGAAGAGAAGGGACUGUAUAACACCACAGUGUUUCGCUUUGGUCACUCGAGCAUUCAGGAGUUCCUGGCUGCAUCUGCUAAAGUGGACAACAUUGAAGCGAGUCCUUUGCAGUCUAUCUGCUGUCAGUUUCUGGUGGACGAGGCGCUGCAGAAUGCUGAGGGAAAAUAUGACGUCUUCCUACGUUUCGUCUUUGGCCUCAUUAAGGAGCGUCAUAUACUGGAGCCCACCGAUUGGCUGUUUGACUACACCAAGAAGAAGAUCCUAGAGAACAUUUUGUCUUACAGCGCUGUGAGUCUGCUCCACUGUCUGAGGGAGUACGACAGUCAGGCUUUACUGAUUGAGGUCCAGUUCUUUCUGAAGUUUGGCUUCUCUCCGAUCCGUGAAUUCUCAUCAAUGCAUUGGAAGUUCAUGAUCCAAAGGACCAGGGCUUUCGAAGGGAUGAGGGACAAUUUUGAGAUGCAGGUGUCCACAAAGUGUGAUGAAAGACUCCUCAGGCAGCUACCAGCUAUUCUGAAGUCAAGGAAAGCCAUGCUGAGAUUCUCUAACCUGACAGACAAGUGUUGUCCAGCCUUGGCAGCAGUCCUGAGCACUAGAGAGUCGUACCUGAGAGAGCUGGACCUGGGGUACAACAGCAUCAGUGACAGUGGAGUCAGGACACUCCUGGAGGGGCUGAGUGAUCCAAACUGCAGACUGAAAACGCUCAGGUUGCAGGGCUGUGGAGUGACGUCACAAGCCUGUGUAUACCUGGCCACUGCCCUGACUCAGUCCCCGAAACUGCGAGAGCUGGAUCUGAGCAGGAAUGAAAUAGGAGAUGAUGGACUGCGACAUCUUUCAGAUGGUCUGAGAUCUGCUCAAUGCCAGCUAGAUACACUUAAACUAUCACAGUGCAACAUUGAGAGGAAAGGCUGCCAGUAUCUGGCCACAGCUCUGCAGAAGAACUCCAGCCACCUGGCAGUGUUGGAUCUGAGCAUCAAUAUGGUCGGAGACAAGGGCGCGAAUGAGCUCUUUAAAAAGUUUGAUAUAUCACAGCUAAGAAAGCUGGAGAUGUACCACUGCGGCCUCACUGCGUCAAGCUGUAGAAGUGUCUGCGAAGCUCUGAAGUCUGAAAGCAGCACUCUGAUAGAACUCAAUCUGAGCAACAACAGCUUGAAAGAUAAAGGGUUUGAGAUCAUCUGUGAAGGCAUGUACGCAUGGUGUAGUUUGGAAAAACUCAAUGUUUCAAGAUGUGGAAUCACUGGUAUGGGUUGCAUUAGUUUGGCAAAGGUCCUGUGUUCAAUCUCGCAGCUCUACAGUGGGUGGAUGCAAAAAACAGACUGGCAGGCAGUGGAGCUGAGAGAGCUUGACCUCAGCAUGAACUGCCUCAGAGACAAGGGAGUGAGAGAAAUGUCAGCUGGACUGAAGAAUCCCUACAGCCACCUGAAAACUCUCAAUCUGAGCCACUGCAGCCUGACUGAUGAGUGCUGCGCAGAGCUUGCAUCAGGAUUAGCGUCACAGGAGAGCAUCAUCACUGAGCUGGAUCUGUCAGACAAUGACCUUCAAGAUAAGGGAGUAAGGAAACUCUGCUUGGGACUCAGAAGCCCUCAGUGUAAACUGCAGAAGCUUUCACUGCGGGCCUGUGGCUUGACCACGAGGAGCAUUCAGUUUCUGACCACUGCCCUGAAGUCAAACCCCCAGCAUCUGACGGAGCUGCAUCUGAUGGGAAACAGUCUGGAAGACUCAGGAACCAGAGCGCUUAUGGAACUAACCAAGAACCAGAAAUACUCCCUAAAUAUAAUAGAUGUCUCAGCAGAUUGAGGAGACAGACAGGAAGCAGACAUAAGGACACAAACUGUCUUGAUGGUGGAGAGGUCCUGAUAUAUUUCAGUGUAUACUGGAGCAGUAAUAUCAAGUGUUGUUCAGUCCACGUUUUCCUCAUUCAUUUGGGUUUUUCUACUGUUUAAAGAUUAUUUUCAGAACAUAUAAGCACAUAUAUACCUAAUGGGUAUCUUAAAGCAAUUUAAAAGGCUUUUUCUUUUUUAUUACUACUUUUUUUUUUUUUAAUCCAGUGCCUUAGUUGUGUUUUCUUUGCCUACUAUCAAGGUUACAUUGUUCAACACUGUAAAGUUAGAUAAUGCAGAGACAAGUGAGAGGAAAAUUAAUUUAUGAAUGGGUGAUGUAAUGAUUUAUCUACUCAUAUUAAAAUAUGUGCAUAUCGCAACAGUAUUCUUGUAAUAUACCACAAGCUACUGAUGCAUGUAAUGCAGAAUUUGAAAUAUUGUCCUCUCCGCUUCCUCCAGAUAAACUAGUUUCCUUUUCCUUCAAACGCUGAUAUUAAAAAAAAUAAAAAAUUGUGUUUAUUUGA